AUGGACAAGACCGAAGAGCUUACCAACCGCUCCUUCUACUGGCCGGACCUCCAAGCGGACGUCCGGCGUUACAUCCGCUCGUGCGACGCGUGCCAACGCAACAAGCCCAGCAACCGCCGCCCUGGGGGACUUCUACAGCCUAUUCCCAUCCCCCAGGAGCGGUGGGAGCAAAUUACUAUGGACUUAAUUGCAGGCUUACCCAAAACCGCUCGAGGAAAUUCAGGCAUUGCUGUUUUCGUCGACCGGUUAUCUAAAGAAAUAAAAAUCGCUCCCAUCUCUGAUGACACCACUGCGCCCGCCAUCGCACGAGUAUAUUUUGAUAAUGUUUUCCGUCAUAAGGGACUGUCACGCGUCAUUAUCUCUGACAGGGACCCCCGGUUCACUUCUAACUUUUGGCGGUCCCUUUUCAGGCUCCUUGGUACCAAGCUCUCCUUCUCCACCGCCUUCCACCCCCAAACCGACGGUCAAACCGAGCGCGUGAACCGGGUCAUCGAGGAAGCCCUCCGACCCUACGUCAACGCCCGGCACUCUGACUGGGACCUCUAUCUUACCCCUAUCGAGUUCGCCUAUAACAACUCGGUCCAACUCUCUACCGGUCACUCCCCCUUCUACCUCAACACCGGUAGACACCCCCUCACACCUUCCAACCUCCUCAAACCACCUACCUCCGAUACCCCCGCCGCCGAUCAAUUCCUACAUAACAUCGCGUACUCCCUACAACACGCCAAAACCCUCCUCGCACUCGCCCAAAAUCGACAAAAAACAGGUCAAGCAUCCCCCAUCUCAGACUGGGUUCGGCAUGACGAGGCGGCGGUGUGGAUGCCGCUCCCAAUUGAUGACCCCCUCAAGCCACGGAAAUUGGCAGUCCUGCAGCGGGCUCACGGCUUUGACCCGAAAGCUGAGGGCACUAUUUUAGCAGACCCAGACGUUGGUGUUCUUUUUAUGCUGAAGCUGUCCGAACCUGACAAAGCCGGCCGAGCCCAGAAGUUGCUCCAGCGGAUGCAGUUCUUUGAAGGAAUCAUCAACAUGACGUCAGCAGAGUUGGACAUGAUAGAGGGCAAAGGGCGCGGCAAGCGGCUCCGACGGUCCCAGGCCCCGCGUGGGCUCUCGGAGCUUAGGGACAUUGACGCGCUCCUCACGAUUGUAUUUCGGCUCAACGACAUGUCUGGAACGUGUCGGGAGCAAGCAGCACGGCUGGCGGAGCUGUUGCGAGGUGGGGAAACCUCCGGAGAUGUGGUGCCAAAAACCGACGGUUCAAAAGCGGAGUUUUUGGAGUCCAAGAAAGAAGUGGUUGCUGGGUCCUUGAGUGGCGUUGACCGUCAGCGAAAGAGGAAGAGGAGCACCCCGGUACCUGCAAGAUCGACUGAGGGCUUGGAGCUCGUCUCCUUAGACGACAGCAUCGUGUUUGAGGGAGAGAAGGUGCCGAGGCGGCGAGUCCGGAUGGCAUACGACGUGUUGAGGGGUGAAGCACGGGUGCUGGAAUCAGCGGUGGACUCUCUAGAGACCGGGUCAGCAAGCGGUAGCAUCGAUCGUCUUCUCAAAGGCGUACGAGGUUUGGCUUCAAAGGCGUGACAAGCGGUGCCUUUCAUGGCCAUUCAAGGGGCUGUAGUGCGUGCGCCCAGUCGUAUAUAUCGGAGGCAAUCCAUUGUCCGUUGCUUUGUGCUAUUCAGGCGUUGCUAAUUUUCCUUGUUGUUUGUCGAUACCCAAGGUUUGAUACUUCAACUUUCGGCUCCCGCAGCUCAUGGCUAGCAAGGUCUGUACAGCUCGGAUGUUGGUUGACGCCUUUGAAUUGGGGCCAGCACCUAGAUACUGAGCGUUGCAUGAUUAAUGGCUUUUCUCUCAAACGACCACCAUCAUUAGCCGGCACGCAAAGUAUUGUACUUGCUCGGACUGUACGUGAGAGUUGUGUACGUUUAAUGUAACUUGACGGCGUAUAGUCCCACUGUGUUGUAUAUAGGCCUUGAGAUCAUAUUCGCCUUAAAUUUCUGUAUUUGGCAUGCAGUUGCUCGCGGGCCGUGCAGGAUACGUGUCGCCUAACUCUCACGUCUGUCUUC